AUGCACCGUGUAAAGAGAGAUGGGGUGCCAGAAUGCCAAACACCAAUCAGCUAUCAAGAUAUUUUACAACCUUUACCAUUUGAAAAAUGGUCUCUUAUUAAAAAAAAAGUAGAGCAUAACUGGCCACAUUUUGCAUAUUAUUAUUACUGGAUUGAAAAUGCUAUUGUAUGGAAAAAAAAGAAUCCAAAUAUAUCUAUUCAAAUAUAUUGCCCAUAUGGAGAUGAUGAACAAGGAACUUUCCUUGGGAUAAGCAAUUUUUCAGAAUAUAAUGUACUAAUAUUUACACUGCAUCCAAACAGUGAUAUUAUAAAUAAAGUGUUAACAGAAACCAAAGUCAUAGAUUAUAAUCAACAAGUAAACUUUGUUACAGUUCAUGAAUGUUUUAUAUCUAGUGUACUGACUGCACUAGAGAAUCUGAAACAUUUGAGAAAUGUAGAAACAAAUCUAGUGUUGUCAUUUAACUAUUAUUUUAAGCCUGCUGAAGAGUGUAUAAAAACAAAGACUUGGAUACCAAAUGAAUGUUAUAUAAAACCUCUGAAUAAAUCAAACAUUCCAUUAAUACAUUCUGUAUGGCCACACAGAGAUGUGGAAAACCCACAGUUAUCCCUAAAAUACUUAAGUACACUGGUAGAAAUGAAUGGUGGAAUAGGACUAUAUUUAAAAGAAGAUGAUUCUUUAGUUUCUUGGUGCAUGCAAAAUGAUUGGCAUGGAUUAUCAAUAGUACAAACUGUAGAGGAACAUAGAGGAAAAGGUUAUGCAAAAAUAGUAGUAAAUAUGCUUUCAAAGAAGUUUGCAGAACAAGGGAUUUCUACAGUACUAUUUAUUGUUAAAGGAAACACAACAUCUGAAAAUAUGUUUAAAAAACUUGGCUGGAAAGUAGUUGCACCAUUGGUUUUUAUAAUGCUUAAAAGACAAGUAGCAAAUCCUGACAGUGACACUCAAAAUUGAUUAUUCAAUAAUUCACCAAAAUGAUAAAAAUGUUGUAAUGAAAGAUU